AUGCAUCUUCUAACUCCAGUGUUAAUAUUCUUGAUUUGCAAUGUGUCGUUUUCAUACAACGAUGACUUUAAUACUGAUGAUUGUCCGUACUUGUCAUUAUUAAGUUCGAGUAUGGAUACAAUCGUCUUCGGGAAUCGCCUGACAUCAAAAUUUUACAUCACAACACAAUCCGAACAUAAUGGAAGUCGAUGCGAGAUACCAUUUACUGAUCCAAUUCUAUGUGGACUAUCCAUUGGUAAAGAACAAAAUUCAACUGAACAAUGGUUUAUCUAUUGGGGUUUUGAUGAGGAUAUCGAAAAAUAUUUUCUCCGAACAAUCUAUUAUUCCUUCAUCACUUCUCACAAAUGCAAAUAUAAUCUCAGUACUCAACAUCAUUUACAUACGGAUUCACUUGUUUUUCAAUUGACUUCUGAUGGAUCCGUGGCUUACGGAUUUGAUUAUAAUUCUGUGUAUGUCUAUGAUUUACAAUUAGAUAUGAUUCGUGAAGUUCAACCAAGAACAGGAAGUCUAGAUUUCACACCGUCGGAUUUGAGUUUAACAAGAACUGCCGAACAAAUCAUCGCGGUUGGAUAUCUGAAAGACCAAAACUCGUCAACUUCGUUGAUGUAUGCAACGGUUUGUUUAUGGAGUGUCAAUCCAGCCAAUUACUCAUUAAUCAUUACGGAUUGUCGUGAGCUUCAUCAUAUUGGUUAUCAUUUCAGCGAAUAUCAUCCGGGACCGAAAUUAUCUGUCGAUAUCAAUGACAAUCUAAUAGUUAUUGGUAAUUCAGCGAAUAAAAGUCUUGAUAUUUAUAUGUUCGAUCGUGUUAAUCUGGUGCAUAAACAUAAAUAUGAAAAUAAUGAAGAGACCAAUUCGGUUUGUUGGCUUGAGGAUGGACAUCGCAUAGCAGCUCUUGCUCAUUUAAGAUCAACUGCUGUUUGGUCUCAAUCACAAAUACAAAUCUAUGAUACAAAUUCGAUUGAAAACAACUGGCCAGAGUAUAUUUUCCCAAAUAAUCAACAAGAAUUGGACACAUGGAAUUAUAAAAAUCCAGCGUUUAUUCUCAUUUCUUCAUGGUCACAAUGGAAUUCCUUGAUUAUUCUAAUGGAUACACAAAAGGUCCUCAUUCUUCUCUCGACACCUGUAGGUUCGUACGCGAAUCCUCUCUCUUAUAGUUGGUUCGACAAUCCAUGGGUAUGGAUUGGAUUAAAAGAUCGACGACAUAAAGAACAGUAUGCCACACCAUGUUGGCCAGGAAUGUUCAAGAACGAAGAUCAUUUUCUUUCAUGUCGGAUUUGUCCAAGUCAAACAAAAAGCGACGGAAAUGCGACAAGCUGUACUUCAUGUCAUUCAUCAUCAUUCUGUCCCAUUGGAUCAGUUGCUGAUAUUAAUCUAACAGACAUGAUCGAUAUCUGUAAUGAAUUAAGUUAUCCUCAGUCACCGGAUUCCACCCAAUUCGAAGACAUUCUCUUGACAAAUAUGUUUCUACUGGGAAGUUCUUCUCGUUGUAUUGUGAUUUCACCGUUAUUCUGGGCACUGAUUGUUUUAUCGAUAGUUCUGAUUAUACUUUUCGUAAUCGGAAUCUUGAAAUUCUUUCCUCAAAGUCAUCGACAUCGAACCAUGAUCAAAGAAAUCUUUCGGCAAACGGACUUUAUUGGCGAAGGAGAAUUUUGGAUUGGAGGUUUAAUGUCAUUUUCUCUACUUGUUCUUCUGAUAUUCGCAUUUUUAUUUACCAAUGAGUUCCAUCGUCUUUAUCCAAUCGAGGAAUCAAAUGAAUCUCGAAUUAUAUGUGACAAAACUCUUCGAAAUUCCAAAUUCGACAGUCGCUUAAAACUUUUAACAACGAUUCAUUCGACCGAAGAUCAAGUUAUGUUUGAUAUGUUAAACAGUCAAUCUUUUACAUUGAUCGUUUCAUUUGUAAAUACAAAUUUUGAUUGCAGUUUAUUGAGUAUUCUAGAAGGUACAGGAGAAAAUCUUCAUGAACCAAUAAGUCCAAUGGAAUGUACACAAAUGAAUACUUCACAAAUUAUUCAUACAUCGAUUCCAUUAUCGCAUCAAGUUACAUUUCAAUAUACAAUUGAACAUUUUGCACCAAUUGGUGGAUUGUAUAUUUGUUUGGUCGCGACAGGAAAUAGAACGGAUGAUGGAAUGAAUACUUUACGAGAUUUGAACUUUUGUAAAUGGAUAGAAGAUAAAAAUCACACGAUUGGGUCGGCACCGGAAAUAACUCUUCUCAUUACAAAGGUGAUCAAUCGAACGGAGAAUUUAGUUCAUGGUGAACCAACGAAAUCGGUCGGAAUUUGGCAAGUGACGUAUAUCGGUUCGGAAUUAUCAGAUCAGAAGUUGUACGAACGACGAGGAGAAUAUCAUCGAUACUUAAGUGUAGACACGGUUUUGAAAGUUGCGUUGGAUGAAAAUCAUUUCUAUGUGGAAAAUGUUCAAGAACCGAUAACGCGAAAAGGUGAAGCGAAUUUUCAUACAAUUCUUUUCAUGAGUCUCUCGUUGGAAAUGUUUUGUUUAACAUUUUUGGUGUUCAAACUUAUCUUUGUCCCGUUAUUUCGUUUCUUGGAACGAAAAAUCCUCUCCCGAACACGUAUUAAACCAUCGACCGAUGAAAACAACGAAGUAGAACUCGAAGUACAAGAAAUUGCAUCGACACGUAACUCUAUUGUUGCAAAACCUUAA